UUUGAUUUUUCAAUUCGGAUGUUAGUAAAUGAAAAUUAGCUUAGAUAUCGCCACCUUCAAAUGUAAGAUAUUUAUUUUUUGUAACGCUUUAUAUUUCAGCUUAUGCGUGAAAAUGCUAGACUGGUUUGAUUUCCACGGUCAUAUGUGCAUCGCAUUCGAAAUGCUCGGCCUAAGUGUUUUUGAUUUUUUGCGCGAAAAUAACUACGAACCAUACCCACUGGAUCAUGUGCGCCACAUGGCAUACCAACUAUGCUACUCUGUAAAAUUUUUACACGACAACCGCCUGACUCAUACUGACCUCAAGCCAGAAAAUAUUUUAUUUGUUGAUUCUGAAUACACAACAUGUUAUAAUCACAAAAAGAGUCGAGAAAUUCGAAAAGUGAAAUGCACUGACGUACGUCUAAUUGAUUUUGGAAGCGCUACAUUUGAUCAUGAACAUCACAGUACAAUUGUAUCUACUAGACAUUAUAGAGCACCGGAAGUUAUAUUAGAAUUAGGAUGGUCUCAACCGUGUGAUGUGUGGUCUAUUGGUUGCAUUAUGUUUGAGUUAUAUUUGGGUAUCACACUCUUCCAAACACAUGAUAAUCGAGAACAUUUAGCAAUGAUGGAACGUAUUCUCGGUACAAUACCGUACAGAAUGGCACGUCAUCAUGUUCUUUACAGCAAAACCAAAACCAAAUACUUUUACCAUGGAAAAUUGAACUGGGAUGAAAAAUCAUCAGCAGGUCGUUAUGUUCGCGAUCACUGUAAACCACUUAAUCGUUACUUAAUGUCGGAUUGCGAAGAACAUUUGGAACUAUUUGAUUUGAUCAAAAGAAUGUUGGAAUAUGAACCAAGUCAAAGAAUAAAUUUAGGAGAAGCAUUGCGUCAUCCGUUCUUCAAUAGACUUCCCCCUCAUCAAAAGAUUUUAGAGAAAGGUCAGCAAACAAGCUCAACUAGCAGCAGCCGUGAAAGGAGCCAUUCUCUCUCAAGAUGAAACUUAGUACGAUUUGGUUAUUAUUAAUUUCUUUUUCAGCCAAUUCUUAUUAUUUUACUUUAAUUGUAAAAAAUGAAUUACAAAUUAUAAUCUAUUGCCCGUGGAUUGGCCAAUAUUUUGAAUACAAAUCGGUUGUAUAAAUCCAA